AUGUCAGAAAUUAAAUUACAAAAGAUUCACGAAGAUAGAAUUACGGUGGAUGAGGAUUAUGGUUCAGUAACUGAAAUUGGUGGCGAUAUUAGAGCCCUACGUUCAGUACAGUCAAAGACUGGUGCUGGGGAGGUUAAUUACAUUAAUUCCGCAGGUGUGGCGGAUGACAGUCAGUUAUUGGCUGAAAUUGGUUAUAAACAAGAAUUAAAUAGACAAUUUUCCACCAUACAAGUAUUUGGUAUUGCAUUUUCUAUUAUGGGUCUUUUACCUUCAAUUGCAUCGGUUAUGGCUGGUGGUCUUGCUGGUGGUUCAGUAUCAUUGAUCUGGGGUUGGUUUAUAUCAGGGUUUUUCAUUCUUUUAAUUGGUAUGACAAUGGCAGAAAAUGCUAGUGCUAUUCCAACAGCAGGUGGGUUAUAUUAUUGGACAUACUAUUAUGCGCCUGUCGGUUAUAAAGAAGUAUUCUCUUUCAUCAUCGGUUGUUCAAAUUCCAUUGCGUUGGCAGCUGGUAUCUGUUCUGUCAAUUACGGUCUUGCUGAAGAAAUUUUGGCAGCCGUUAUUCUUACCAAAGAUGGUAAUUUCGUACCAACAAAUGGUAUGCUUUAUGGUAUUUUUGCUGCCGCAGUAGUUAGUAUGGCAUUUAUGACCUCGAUUGGGUCUAAAGCAAUAGCCAGGAUACAAGCCUUUAGUAUUUCUGCCAAUUUGUUUUUGAUUGUUUUAUUGUUCAUUGCUUUACCCAUUGGUACAAAGAAGAAUAUGGGAGGGUUCAAUGAUGGUUCAUUCAUCUUUGGCAAAUAUCAAAAUUUUAGUGAUUGGAAUAACGGUUGGCAGUUCUGUCUUGCCGGUUUAAUGCCUGCAAUUUGGACCAUUGGUUCUUUUGAUUCAUGUGUUCAUCAAUCUGAGGAAGCUAAGGAUGCAAAGAAAUCUGUUCCUAUAGGAAUCAUCGGGUCCAUUACCGCAUGCUGGAUUCUUGGUUGGAUGGUUUUAAUUUGCCUAAUGGCUUGUGUUAGUCCUGAUCUGGAUAGAAUUAUUAACAAUCCAUAUGGUUUUGCUCUAGCCCAGAUUAUUUUUGACUCGUUGGGAAAAAAAUGGGCAAUUGCAUUUAUGUCAUUAAUAGCGUUCUGUCAAUUCCUGAUGGGUUCUUCAAUUGUAAUUGCUAUCUCCAGACAAGCAUAUGCUUUCGCUCGUGAUGAUGGUUUACCAUUUUCGAGAUAUAUUAAACGUGUAGACCAAAGGUAUCAUGUUCCAUAUUUUGCUAUUAUGUUUUCAUGUACUUUGGCUUUAUUACUUGGAUUACUAACUUUAAUCGAUUCGGUAGCAGCCAAUGCAUUGUUUAGUUUAGCUGUUGCUGGUAACUAUGUAUCAUGGAGUACGCCAACAAUUAUGAGACUAACAUUCGGUAAAGAUUUAUUUAGACCAGGCCCAUUCUACUUAGGUGAUUUCUGGUCUCCAGUGGUAUCUUGGAUAGGUGUCAUAUUCCAAUAUUUCAUUAUCCUACUUGUCAUGUUCCCAAGUCAACAACAUGGCUUGGAAAAAUCAACUAUGAACUACGCUUGUGUUAUUGGACCAGGUAUGUGGAUCCUGUCUUGGGUUUACUACAAAGUAUAUAAGAAGAAGUACUACCAUGGUCCAAAGACUAAUUUGUCAGAUGAACAAUUUAUCGAUACCGUGGGAUCCCAGGUCAUUGAUGAGAUAUUGUCUCCACAUGAAACAAAAGGAAGUUUAAUUGCUAAACCAUAG